AUGUCUACGAAGCUCCUUCAGGCCAACCUGAAUCACGCUCGUUGGGCCCAGGAUUUGUUCCUAGCGGACCUGUGCGAGCGUGAUGCAGGAUUGGGAGUGGCGGCGGAGCCGUAUCGAGUGCUGGACUCCAACUCCAACUGGGUCUCAGCCUCGAACGGUUUCGUCGUCAUUGUGAGAGGGCACUCCCCGCGUUCCCCUCCCCCCCCUUACCCUUGUGAAACGGGGAGUGGGAUUCGUUGUGGCGCGGUGGGGUGCCUUCUACGUGGUGGGGGUUUACGCCCCACCAAAGCGGCCUCACCCCAAAUUUCUGGAGCAGCUGCGGGCAAUGGGGAAGGCAUUCGCCGAUGCCUCUUCCACCCCGUACUGGUGGCCGGGGACUUUAACGCUUGGGCGCAGACGUGGGGUUCCCGGUACACCAACAGCAGGGAUCAGGCCGUGUUGGACUGGGCGGCGGAGCUGGACCUCCUGUUACUAAACAGGGGGUCCGAAAACACCUAUGUUUACCCCCGGGGGGAAUCCAUCGUUGACUUGACGUGGGCAUCCCCCCGGGCGGCACACUUGGUAGGAACCUGGAGGGUGGCGGACCGAGAGUCCCUUUCGGACCAUCUCUACAUAGAGAUGGUCCUGACUGCCACCUCCCCCCCCCCCCGACCGGAGGUGCUGAUCCGCCGCCAUCAACAAAGGGGCGAUAAACCCCCGAGAAGAUGGGCCCUGGCCCGAUUAGACCAGGACAAAUUGGUAGCGGCGGCCUUGGUGGAAACGUGGUCGGAUCCUCCCGACCUCGUCGACAUCGAGGCCGAUGCCGAGGAGAUCGGGAACAUGGCCGAGCGUAUCUGCGACGCGGCCAUGCCCCGAUCAAAGCCCGCCCCUCGUCGGGCUAUAUAUUGGUGGACGGAGGAGAUCACGGAUCUGCGAAGACGUGUGAACGCCGCCAGACGAGAUCUCCUCAGAGCCCGACGAAGAGCGGGAAGAGAAAACGACAGCACUGGGGGAUCUCCCCCCUGGUCCGGGGACCUGGAAAUCUCUGAGAGGGAGCUCUCCGAGGCGCCCAAAAGGCUGGGAGCUACUGGCAAAGCCUCUGGCCCGGACGGGGUCCCCGGUCGAGCGUGGGCCUUGGCCUUCGGCGUGGUGGGUGCCCGCCUGAGACGAAUGUACAAUACAUGUCUCAGGACGGGCGCCUUCCCCUCCUUGUGGAAGAGAGCGAACCUGGUGCUCCUUCGCAAGAAGGGAAAACCGGCGGAGCAACCCUCGGCUUACAGGCCGAUAUGCCUGCUGGACGAGGUCGGCAAAUUGUUUGAGAAAAUCAUUGCCGGCCGAAUCGUUCAGCACCUGUCACAGGAUGUUCCCAAUUUAUUAGAGGACCAAUUUGGAUUCCGGGAGGGCCGAUCGACGACGGAUGCGAUUACGCAUCUGCGGGCCCUUUCGGACCAGAUUGUAGGGGAGGGAGACGUGGCGUUGGCGGUGUCGUUGGAUAUCGUCAACGCCUUCAACUCUCUCCCCUGGGAACAUGUGAGGCCAUGA